AAUUUAAACACACUUGUCAAAUAAAUUGUUUAGGAGUGCGAUUUUGCCGGAUUACUUUUGAUUUCUAGUAAUUUACCUAGAAUUUCACGCACUAAGGAAGUGUGAAACAUGGCUUCUCUAGCAGCAGCUCAAGUGCAAGAAGUGCGUUCCAUAACGCGCAUAGAGCGUAUAGGUGCACACUCCCAUAUCCGUGGUUUGGGUCUAGAUGAUUCUCUGGAGCCCCGAGCCGUGUCACAGGGCAUGGUGGGACAGAAGACAGCCAGGAAGGCUGCGGGCGUCGUGCUGCAGAUGAUUCGAGAAGGUAAAAUAGCCGGCCGAGCUGUGCUACUCGCAGGACAGCCAGGCACUGGCAAGACAGCCAUCGCCAUGGGGCUGGCGCAGGCGCUGGGGCCUGAUACACCCUUCACUAGCAUGGCAGGAUCUGAGAUUUAUUCUCUUGAAAUGAGCAAGACAGAAGCUCUGACACAAGCCAUCAGGAAAUCUAUCGGCAUCAGGAUCAAGGAGGAGUCGGAGAUCAUCGAAGGUGAAGUAGUAGAGGUGGUGGUAGACCGCGCUGCAGGCGGCACGGCGCGCGUCGGACGGCUGACCCUCAAGACCACCGACAUGGAGACCAACUACGACAUGGGGGCUAAGAUGAUCGACUCCAUGCUUAAAGAGAAGGUACAAGCAGGAGAUGUGAUCACCAUAGACAAGGCUACGGGCAAGAUCAACAAGCUUGGCCGCAGCUUCGCCCGCGCCAGAGACUACGAUGCCACAGGUCAGCAAGCGCGUUUCGUACAGUGCCCCGAAGGCGAGCUGCAGAAGCGCAAGGAAGUCGUCCACACGGUGACCUUACACGAAGUCGAUGUUAUCAACUCCCGCACCCAUGGAUUCCUCGCACUUUUCUCCGGUGACACCGGUGAAAUCAAAUCGGAGAUUCGCGAGCAAAUUAACAGCAAAGUGGCCGAGUGGCGUGAGGAGGGCAAGGCCGAGAUGAUACCUGGAGUUCUCUUCAUUGACGAGGCCCAUAUGUUAGACAUCGAGUGCUUCUCGUUCCUGAACCGCGCGCUGGAGUCGGAGACGGCGCCCGUCGUCAUCAUGGCCACCAACCGCGGCAUCACGCGCAUCCGCGGCACCGCCUACCGCAGCCCGCACGGCAUCCCGCUCGACCUGCUGGACCGCGCCAUCAUCGUGCCCACGCAGCCCUACGACCACAAGGACCUCAAGGAGAUCCUUAACAUCAGAUGUGAAGAAGAAGACUGUCAAAUGUCAAGCGACGCUCUGACAGUGUUAGCUCGCCUCGCCACCGAGACAUCACUUCGGUACGCCAUUCAGCUCAUCACUACAGCUUCUCUGGUCGCCAAGCGAAGGAAGGCUACUGAGGUCAGCAUGGAAGACGUGAUGAAGGUCUACUCCCUCUUCCUGGACGAGCACCGCUCGGAGCAGUUCCUCAAGGAGUACCAGGACGAGUUCAUGUUUGACGAUGGAUCUGGUGAUGGUCCGCAACAAGCUAUGGAAGUCUCACAGUAAAAGGAAAUUGGGGUCAAAUAUUUUAAUAUUAUGUGUUAUUAAUUUGGACAGCCAAUGUGUUAAUUAAUUUUUAGAUUUUUCAAAUAUUUUCAGAUGUACGAGAUUUUUGGAAUCUUCAAAAAAUGAAUUGUUUGAUAUGUCCACGGCAAAAGUAACGCGAGUCACCAUUUUAUUGCGCGUUUUAGGGUUCCGUACCUCAAAAGUAAAAAAUGGAACCCUUAUAGAGUCGAACCAAGAUAAG